AUGGUUUUGCCACCCCCUGACAAGCGGCACGUGUGUCUAACCACCAUCGUCAUAAUGACCAGCAUGGCUUUCAUGGAUGCUUACUUGGUGGAGCAGAACCAGGGUCCACGGAAGAUCGGUGUUUGCAUCAUUGUCCUGGUGGGGGACAUCUGCUUCCUCAUAGUUCUCCGCUACGUUGCUGUGUGGGUGGGGGCUGAGGUUAGGACUGCAAAGCGUGGCUAUGCCAUGAUCCUCUGGUUCCUUUACAUCUUCGUUCUGGAAAUCAAGCUCUAUUUUGUGUUCCAGAACUACAAGGCUGACCGCAAGAACCUGGAAACUGUAGCUCGAAAAGCUUUGACUCUGUUACUUUCAGUUUGUGUUCCAGGGCUGUAUCUUGUCCUGGUUGCCCUGGACAGCAUGGAGUAUGUUAGAACCUUCCGUAAGAAGGAAGACAUGCGUGGUCGAUUGUUCUGGGUGGCGCUGGACCUUUUAGAUGUGCUAGACAUCCAGGCCAACCUGUGGGAGCCACUGCGAACUGGGCUGCCCAUCUGGGCUGAAGGGCUAAUGUUUUUCUACUGUUACAUCCUGCUGCUGAUUCUACCAUGUGUAUCUCUGAGCGAGAUCAGUGUGCAGGGUGAGCAUGUGUCCCCGCAGAAAAUGAUGCUGUACCCUGUGCUCAGCCUUGUCACCAUUAACGUUGUCACCAUUCUCAUCCGUGGGGUCAACAUGGUACUGUUCCAGGACAGUCGUGUCUCCACAAUCUUUAUUGGCAAGAAUGUAGUGGCCAUAGCCACAAAGGCCUGCACAUUCCUGGAGUACCGGCGACAGGUGAAGGAGUUCCCACCACAAGAUCCUGCAGGCAUUGCUAUGGAGAUCCAGCAGAACUCAGUUCCGCAUAACCAAACUCUGCCAAACGCUACUACGAGCCUGCCAGAAGAGCCAUCACCACCCUGUGAGGUCAUUGACACGUGA